UCACGGAAGAGUCUAGCAAUAUAGAUAUUGAUAGUUUUGCAAAAGACUUUGCCAGAUUAAAGAUCUGUCAUGUUGAUCAAAAAAAAGAUGAUAAAAAUUGGGCACAUAAAAUAGAGUCUAAUAUUAAAGAAUUGACAAAAGCUGUCAUGGAUCUUACCGAACAUAAUAGAACAUUUAAUUCAUGA